AUGGAAGCGAUCGGCGACGACGAUGAGCUAAGAAAGAGCACAGCUUCUCAGGGGAGAAGAAUCUCCUCUACGAUUCUUCUUCUUCUUCUUCUUCUGUUAAUCUCCUUGAGCUCGAGGGUUUCUGGUUCGAUAGACGAAUCCGGAAGAAGAGUGAUUGAAGCGAGAACUGGGCAAGACUUGAUUUGGGUUGUUCAGCUAUCGGAUCUCCAUUUCAGUGUUCAUCACCCAGAAAGAGCCCUUGAUUUCAAAAACAUAGUGGGAUCUGCUCUCUCUCUGAUCAACCCUUCUCUUGUCCUUAUCACCGGCGAUCUCACAGAUGGGAAGAGCAAAGACAUGUUAACAAUGAAGCUAAAUGAAGAUGAGUGGUUAGAAUAUGAGAGUGUGAUGCAGGAUGUUGUGAAGAGAAGUGGGUUGAAUAAGUCACUAUUCUAUGAUCUUAGAGGUAACCACGACAACUUUGGUGUUCCCUCUGUUGGUUCAUCUGUUGAUUUCUUCUCCAAGUAUAGCAUCAAUGCACAGAUGGGAAGGAAAGAGAAUGUUAACGCCGUCACUGUUGAGACUAGUGAACGUAAACAUUUGUUUGUUGGUGUUGACACAACGAUGCAUAUUGGACUACGAGGACCCACGAAUCUCUUUGGGCACCCAACUGAUGAACUUUUGAGCUCGCUUGACACACACCUGUCGCAGUGGGACAACCAAUCAACAAAGCCUGUGACGAAGAUAUCAUUUGGGCAUUUUCCGUUGUCCUUCUCGGCGCUGACACAUUCUAAGAAGAGCCUUAAAGAUGUUUUCUUGAAGCACUCCAUCUCUGCUUAUCUGUGUGGCCAUCUUCACUCAAGGUUUGGCAAGAACCUUAAAAGACACCAUCACUCUGGUGGUGGUAUCAGUUUAUCAGAUAAUGACUUGUUUCAGCUGAAUAUGAGGCAGAGUAGUGUUGAAAGCACUUCCAACUGCUCGUUUGGAGCCUUGCCAGCUGCAGAGUUCUGGGAAUGGGAGAUGUGUGGUUAG